UUAAAUUACUAGUUUUUAAUUAACUAUAAGAAAAUAAUUUAAAGAAUUUGAUGCGCAAUUGUUUUAAUUUUAAUUUCAAGUAUGGCUGACAGUAUAUUGUCCUAUUAAAUAAUUCCAGUGUACGACAAGGUACAAACUGGAUUUGAUUAACUAAAUUCCAGUAACUCGCAUCAUCCUUUGAGACAUUCGUGCCUUAAUUAUUAUUCGCUGAUAAAAAUUACCGACAAUAAUAACUUAAAUAACUAUCAAAAUUAAUUAUCGCAAAUCGAAAUGUUAUUGGUAUAUUUAUUCGACACAUAACCAAUAUUAAUUGGCAUUUUAUUCAUUAAAAAAUUAAUAAGUGUCUCGCAAAUGAAGAAGAUUUGGAAUGGCCACGAGACUAAGCCCGCGAAAUUCCGAAGUCAGCGCUCUCGAGGAGCGUGGUUAUCUUAUUGGCAAAAAAAUUGGCCAGGGUUCUUAUGCGACCGUUCACCUAGCAGAUUACCUAGAUAAUAAUAGUUCAAAAAAAAUGCGGCUUGCUUGUAAGAUAUUUGAUAAAGAAAAAGCACCUCCAGAUUUCCUUGAAAAAUUUUUUCCCCGUGAACUUGAAAUUUUAACAAAAGUUGAAAACCCACAUAUCAUUCAAGUACACAGCAUACUACAACGAGGACCACGUGUGUUUAUUUUCAUGCGCUAUGCAGACAACGGUGACUUAUUGGAUCAUAUAAUCCGCAGCGGUGUUGUGUCAGAGCAACAGUCAAAGCUCUGGUUCCGUCAAAUGGCCUCAGGGCUGCAGUAUUUGCACGGCAAACAUAUUGCGCACCGCGAUUUAAAGUGCGAGAACAUUUUACUGUCUCGUAAAUUCAACGUUAAGCUAGCCGAUUUUGGAUUUGCGCGCUAUUGCGUCGACGAGGAAAACAAACGGGUUUUGAGCUACACGUACUGCGGGUCUGCGGCUUACGCUGCUCCAGAAGUUGUUUCUGGCACGCCAUACAAUCCAAAAUUGGCUGAUGUUUGGUCGCUCGGUAUCAUUUUGUACAUAAUGCUCAACGGGACGAUGCCCUUUAAGGAUGACAAUAUUAAAAAGCUGCUGAAAGAUCAGAUGGGGAAAAAUUGGGUCUUUAGAUCUCGGGUACUCAAAACGCUGUCACCGCUGGCUGUUAAUAUUGUCAAGCGUAUUUUGGAGCCUGAUGUUACUGUGAGACUUACGCUUGACCGUGUUUUAGCACAUGAGUGGCUAAAAAAUAAGAAAGAUAAAUUGUCUUUUAGUAGCCGAUUUGGUCAUUCUUCAUCGAUACAGCAUCAGGGAAAUGAAUUAGCCCAAGUUCCAAAUGACUCAAUCAUGAAAACAGCAAUGAAAUUAUUCAAAGAACCAGAAACGUUACCUAAAAAUAAUACAAACAUGUCGGUUGAUCCAAAAAAAAAUUUCUUCAAUCCACUCAAGAAUACAACUAAUAAAUUAUAAUUUUAAUAUUCUUUAAAGAAAUUGAUAUAUUUACAAAACUAUAUUUUCGAUACUUGUGUUUAAUUGAAUAUUAUUUAUUACAGUAUUCAAUAAAGCUUCUUACAUAU